UGUUAACACUUCUUCUCAAAUUUGGCGUGCAUAUAAAGCUAGUACAAUAAAUGGACUUGCUAAAAGUUUCUCAUGAUCUUCGUCAUCAAUGCGAUUGACUUUUCUGUCUUUCCCGCUUCAAUUAUGUACUCCCACUUCACUCAUUAGGGACCUCUAUCAAUUUGGGCUACAAUUUUAUCAAUUUAUCUUUACAGCUUUCAUAAAGCAAUCAACCAACUUCAAUUUCUUAAUCUGAAGAUUCAAAAUUCAGUUAAACCUAGCCUCCCAAAAUUCAAUUAGUUUCCUUAAGGUUUUCUUCCAUGGAGGAGGGGCGUAUUAAUCCCGAGCUCGUCGUCGCUCACAGAUUUCCUGAGACGACUUAUCGAUAUUCUGAAAGAGAUGCUGCUCUAUAUGCGCUUGGUGUCGGAGCAUGUGGGACUAAUGCAGUUGAUUCAAGUGAACUCAAGUAUGUUUACCAUGAUGAUGGUCAACAGUUCAUCAAGGUCUUGCCUACGUUUGCUGCAUUGUUUUCUCUAAGUUCGAUUCCUAAUCUCUUUUAUGUUCCUGGAAUGAAGUUCGAUCCACGACUUCUCCUGCAUGGACAACAAUAUAUAGAGAUCUACAAGCCACUUCCAUCAAACAGCUGUAUAAAAAACAAGGCUAGAGUUGCUGGGUUGCAUGAUAAAGGUAAAGCAGCUAUCCUGGAAAUAGAAAUGACAAGUUUUGAUGAGUCUGGGGAACCACUUUGCAUGAAUAGGACAACAGCUUACUUGAGAGGUGCAGGUGGGUUUUCAAGUCCUUCUCAUCCCUAUUCUUUCACAAAUUAUUCAGGGAGCCAGCUUCCAGCCAUUAAGAUCCCGAAAAGUCAACCUUUUGCAUCAUUUGAGGAUAUUACUCGACCAUCUCAGGCGUUGUUAUACCGACUUUCUGGUGAUUAUAAUCCUUUGCAUUCCGAUCCUACGGUUGCAGAGAUUGCAGGAUUCUCUCGUCCAAUAUUGCAUGGACUCUGCACUCUCGGCUUUGCAGUCAGGGCAGUUAUUAGAUGUAUAUGCAAUGGAGAUUCAGACAGGGUUAAAAGUCUGUCUGGUCGGUUUCUUUUACAUGUGUUCCCUGGUGAAACUUUGAUCACAGAAAUGUGGCUUGAGGGUUUAAGGGUUAUGUAUCAGGUAAGAGUGAAGGAGAGAAACAAAGUGGUGCUUUCUGGUCACGUCGAUCUUAAUCGUCUAGCUUCUCAGCUCUGAUCAUCUACUGAAUAUCACGCAGUAUACAUAUUGUAACUUCUCUGUCUUCUUUAAUAAUUACUGUACACUUUACAGAGGUACUACUACUUACAAGAAUGAAAGGAUUGACCAUGUUUGAUCAUUCAGCCUGUGUAAAGAAAGAAUUCUAUAUGGAUGGGAGAGAGAGAAUUUCAUAUCCUUGCUGCACAAUAAAAGGGCUCCUUCCAAUCAUAUUUCUGAUAUGUAACCGUGUACACUCAGGAGCAUGUUGUUAUUUUCAUUGUAUCUGCAUGUUCAUUUAUCAUACUACUAGUUUCUUUUAGUGUAUUUUCUUGUAUUACGAAUUGUAGGUUCAUUUAUGAUUGAAGAUGAAAUUUUAUUUCUUUACUAUUCA